ACGAGGCGAGACGAGAGAGCGAAGACGGAGGAGAUAGACGAGCGAGGAGAGCAAGGAGAUAUUGCGAGGACGAAGAAGAGGAACAGGCGUCGAAGAAGAAGGAAGAUGAUGAUGAGGAGGAGAUGCUGAAUCCCCUGGUGUACCGGGAAUCCCUAACCGGGCGUUCUAUGAGAGGAGGGAUGAUGCGGCGAGCCUACACCCCCGACCGGGACGCCCUCUCGAGGACCUCUGCUGCAGCGUCUCUCCGGUCCAGGUCCCACUCGCAGCCUCCGGAGAUCAACCACAAUAACGUCUCCAGAAGGGCGAGGAAGAAGAAGUAGUGAAGAUGGAUGGAUGGGAGAAAGAGGAGGAGGAGAAAGAAGGAGAGCGAUGGGAAGUGAGACAGGGGGAAAGACGAGGAAAAG